AUGGCUGCACCGCCGAGCUACGCUGCCGCUGACUUGGAGCAGCACUUCGCCAACACAGUCUUCCCGGCGAACUUUUCCCACGACCUCCAACUUCGUGUGACUGGAACAAGUCUGCUUGUCCUGCAAGACCUAGUCGGAAGCAGGCAUAUCGAGGUGGCCAAGUCGCUCGUCUACCGCAUCUACGCUUUCCUCGAUGGCGCCCGAAGCUCCGGGAUUCUUGACCCUUACAAGAGUUGGUUGAUUGAUGUGAUCCAAACAAGUACCGAAGGACACUGGACGCAGCGCUGCGCUGUCUGGAUCCGAUACACGACUACGGAGCAGAUCCCCCACUAUCCCUCGCCGAACAGUCUCCUGGGCACGUCGCGUGUAGGUGUUCCUCGUCCGCGAGGCAUACUGCGCGUCCCGAGCAGUUUCUACGUUGCUGCAUGGCCAGGCGCAGGCCGCGUCGCGCACGUCGCCUUUCUGAACGGACAAAGUCACACCAUGGCUGAUCCGCGUCACUGGGGCGAUAUUGCGUACCAGGGCCUCUUCAAGCACCUCUCGGAAGGCCCAAAUGGAUCGCAAAGGUGGGCGUUGUAUGGCCAGAAGGGAACAGCCUUUGAGGCGAAGACAGACCCAACCCGUCUCUUUGAGGAGGGCACAGAGUCGCUGAGCUGCUUCUUCGAGGAACACCCAUUUUUCGUGCAGGGGAGGCGCUAG